AUGGAGGAAGAAAGUAACGAAGGUUUCGAUAAAGACCAUGAUGUGAAUGCAAGCGAGAUUGCGGCGGACAUGAAAUCUCCAAAUUCUUAUGUUGAGUCUUUCGAACAGAAGACUACUAAUGGAAUUCAUUUAUCGGCGUUCGAUGUAAAUUCAGCAGAUGAUGUUCGGAAGACAAUGCGAUGUGUAAUGACUGGCGAAGAUAUGUUAUCUUCGAAUAAUAACGAAGCUAGUGAAAAUCGAAGGGAAAAAGCUGGCCCGUCUGUCGCUAAGAGUAGUGAAAAUCCUGUAUCGUUAACGGAUAGAACCCCCAAAGAGUCGAAUUCCCGAAGUUUAAAGAAGAAAUCCAUUCGUGUGCCCAAGACCACACCAAUGAAGUCCAAAAAAGAUAUAAUUAAUAAUAUUUAUGUAGGGAAGCUCUCGAAUCUUGUCUGUUUUAGGCGUGGAGUUAACCUUUGA